UUUCUCGCACACUCCCACGCAACUAACGUCUCCGCAAAUGCAUUUUACCCGAGUCGGCGGACGGCUCGCGGCUGCUUUACGCGUUUUUGGAGUCGAGCGGGACGCCGGGACGCCCCCCGCUUUUCGCUCGUCGGUCGUAGCGUCCGAACGUCCAGCUGAUUGCCGUUGAGUUCAAACCCAGCCGUUUUUUUUUUUUUUUUUUGUUUGACUUAACGGAAGGAUACCUCUCUCCCCUGUUUUUUGUUGUGUAUGUGCGGCUCCUGCGCCUCCUCUCUCUCUCUCUUCGGCCCGGUUUGUUUUGUGUGGACUUUAAAAAGAAGCCAGGAUCGUUUUUUUUUUUUGUUAACUUCACCGUUGUUGUUUUUUUCUUUGAAAUCUCUUCCUCGUUUUUUUUUUUUUUUUUUUUUUUUUAAAAAAAAAAAAAACGACAAGGCCUCGGACUCAUCCCCGGCCUCGAGUUAUUCCAUAUUUUUAUUUUUUUUUUCUUUCUUUUUUGUGUUGGUGGAAGUCAUGGGAGACACUAGUGAACGAAGCAAACCUCCGAGUCUACCGCCCCGGUGUCCCUGUGGAUUUUGGGGGUCCAGUAAAACCAUGAAUCUAUGCUCCAAAUGUUUUGCCGACAUCCAGAAGAAGCAGCCGGGGGACGACUGCACCUCCAAGCCCCUCCAAAGCACUGGGAGUAGCCAAUCGCCCGUUUUCAGUAGCGAGACGAGCAGUAGCAGUAGCCAAUCCCUAACGUCGUCGUCUUCGUCUUCGUCGUCGUCGUCGUCGUCGCCGGCCUCUGGCUCCGAGCAGCCGUCGGCCGAAGAGCCCUCGCCCACGUUUUCCAGCACGAGGGAAGGCGUGUCGUCCACAGAAACCGCCCAAGGCACACUCUGCACACCCACAAAACGUCCACGAGAAUCAGGCUCAGAGAGCGAGGCGACGCCGGAGAAGCGACCACGGACGGAAGAGAAGGACGGGAGCGGCGAAGAGGCCCGCGGGACGCCCAAGCAGAAGAACCGCCGGCGCUGCUACCGCUGCCAAACCAAGCUAGAGCUGGUUCAGCAGGAACUGGGCUCCUGUCGCUGUGGCUACGUGUUCUGCAUGCUGCACCGUCUCCCCGAGCAGCACGACUGUCUGUUCGACCAUCUGGGCCGCGGGCGCGAGGAGGCCGUCCUCAAGAUGGUGAAGCUGGACCGCAAGGUGGGCCGCUCAUGCCAACGCAUCGGGGAGGAGUGCUCCUGAUGGACCGGCCGUCCAGUUAGAGGAGGAGGGAGGAGGAGGAGGAGGAGGAGGAGGGAGGAAUGACAAAUGGGGCGAUGGGUGGGAAGGGGAGGGAGGGAGGGAGGGAAGAAGAAGAAGGAGAAGAAGAAGAAGAAGAAGAGGAGGAGGAUGAACCGUUGUCCUGCAUCUGAUCCCAAGGAUUCUGGACCUGAGCUUGACGUCACCCCGUUGGAAGUCCUGAUUUCUGAUCCGGAGCGUCUGAUUGGACCAGACCUCUGGGUGGGAGGUGGGGGGGAGGAGGAUGGAGAGAGGGAGGGAGGGAGGGAGGGAGGGAGGGAGGGGGGUCGCCGCCACGUUCAGUAUCGCAUGUCCCCACGCACACACAGCCUUAACCCCAGCCCGUCUUCAGACCAGGGACGUGUCGCCAUGGUUUCCUCCUCUGCUCUCAGCCCGGCUCAGAUCAUCCAUGUGGAUUUAUUCCUCUUCUUUUUUCUUUUUUUUUUGUUCUGCAUUACUACUUGGUCGCGGGGUGAAGGGUCCAGCUCUGUCCCACGGCCACUCCUCAGGUCGUCAUCAGGCAUCAGGCAUCAGGCGGGUGGGGGGGGGGAGGGGUUAGAGUAAACCCCUCCUCCUCCGUCUCCUCCUCCUCCCUCUUCACCUCCUCCUUUUUUUUUUUUUUUUUGCAUCACCAACCAUGUUUUGCUCCUGCAUGGUUCCUGCAGCGGUGUCAUUAUCUGAUGAUGUGAGACAGUCCAAGGAUCCUUUUUAAUUUUUUUUUUUUUUUUUGUUCGUUCCCCGUGUGGUCGUCAUGGUGAUGAUAGCUCCGUUUCUACCGCUUAACCCACGGGUGUCGUGGAGGACGAUACAGCCAAUCCCUGCCUCUGCUCACAUAAUACAAGACUGUUGACACAAAACACACACACACACACAACAAGAAAACACACUAAUGGACAAGAACUGCUCAGACGAAUCCUCUGUGUAGCAGAUCCUCUUCUUCUCCCUCGUUCCCCGUUUUUUCUUUUUGUCUCAAAUAUACUGAGUGGUACUGUUGCUCUGUUGAUUAUGAUGCAUUAAGGGGAAGUUUGUUUUGUUUUUUGUUUUUUUUUCCUUUCACCAGAAACGCCAUCUUUCAACUUAGGGGGCGACCUGACUAACCUGGGCCGGCAUCGUUACGAAUCAGACUGCGUAAAUCACUUACUCCCCCCCCCUUUUUUUUAAAUAGUUCUAUAAUUUAUUUCUUAAUUUGUGUUUCGUGGGGUAGCAUAAAGUGCAUUUUCUGAUUGGAGGGGGGGGGGGACUGUUUGAAAUAUACUACUUUAGAUAUUAUAUAUAUAUAUAUAUUUUUUUUUUUUGUUCUUUUCUCCACACUGAUUGCCACACCGAGGGAGGGGGGAGGGUUCACGGCUCAGGUUUUAAAAGCUGGUUAAUAUAGAGUUUAACUCUAAACCUGACACGUGAUUGGUUGACUCUACAUCUCAGAUUGAAUCUCGGCUGCAGAAAUAAUGCGUCUUCUUAAUGAGCCUCCACAGCCAAACCGCUUGGACUUUGUGCUGCGCAUAUUGUUCAGUUCCACACAUCUAUCUCUUCCUUCUUCUCUUAAAGGGGUUUUCUGCCAAAAUCAACUUUUUGUUUUUCAUUUUAGUUUGAUCUGCAUUAGUUCCCUCCUCCUCCUCCUCCUCCUUCGUAUUUAACGUUCUGUUUGGCUGGUUUGGGCAUUUAAAACGUGUUCUCGGUGCAGAAUCUCCCAGAAAUAUUCUGAGAGAAAUAAAAAGUCCACAGAUGUUGGUUCUGGUUGAAAGGCCCUUUAAAAAAAAACACCACUUAACUACUAUGCUAAUCCUCAUGCACACGUUAGCGUUCCUCCUCACCCCCGUCCCGUCUUAUCCCGGGGGGGACACAGCGGGGGGACGAGGGGAGGGGACGUCGUGGCUGGUUCUUAUUUUGAUAUUUUGACAAAACCUGUUCCUUUUGUUUUAUUUUUUGUUUGUUUCGUUUUCGUUUGAGUGCUAAUGAGAAAUGGAAAAAAUGGAAUAUCUUUCUGUACCUUUUAAAGAAGAAAUUAUUUAACCUUAUAUCAGUUUGAGUUACUUACACCCUAGCAUAGAGUGGCAUAUUUAGUUAAAUGUAUAAAAAAAAAGAAAAAAAAAAGCAAGAACAUAAUUCUGUCCUAUUUUCUCCUUUAAUUUUAUCGUGUUCCAUUUUCUGCUGAGGAAAAUAAACUGGAUUAGAGGAC